GAGACAAACAAUUCCAGCUCAUGAGCAGUUGUGCAUUUUCAUGAUAUUUUAUUUUUUCUUAAAUUUUGUUGCCAUACUUGUUUCAGUUAUUUGAAAUAUGUAUUUACUCAACUGAUCUUUGUCGAUCCUGGCACUCGACAAACAAACUGUGAUCCAGUUCAAUCCAGAUCUUCUACUCCAAUCAUAGAGCCAAGUUGAAAUCCUAGCAUCAAAACAGUGGAUUUUGGGCUUCACAGGGCGAGGGAGCCGCAUCGGGACGCCGCGAUAUAAUAGGUGUGAGAGUCCAGCAGAGAGGCACCAUCUGGUCCAAACACCAGCAGAACAGCUGUGAGGCAAGAAACCCGACGGACAUUUCAGGGAGGUUUUGUCCGUGACUCGUCUGACUAAAGCCACAAGAAUCUUUUCUUGACACAGGCUUGUCUAAAGGUCUAAUCAAAUCAGCAGCCAUGAAACAGUUUCAGGUUGCAGUCCUCCUUGCUCUUACUCUGACACAUGGAAGCUUUGCUGAAGAUGGAGUCAGUCGGAUGAGACAGUACAUCGAGAACAUGAAGGCUAAAAUCAGUCAAGACAUUCAUGAGUUUGUGAACAAGCCAGAGCUGAAGGAACACACCGAGUUGUUCGUGGAGGACAAACAAACGGAGCUUGAGCUCCUGGGCGUGAAGAUCCAGGAUCAGCUGCGGGACAUGGAGGAUGGUUUCAAACCCCUGACUGAAACCAUGAAGGACAAAGUGGACCCGUUAAUCGCCGGCGUGCAGCAAAAGAUGGAGUCCGUCCUGCAGAUGCUGGAGGAGCACGUCAACCACAGCAGGCAAAAAAACCCGACUGAUCAACACCUUUCUCAUCACAGGCGUUGAAUUGUAUCAGGCACAUUUAUGAUCCUAUUGACACAUUUAAAACUAUUAAAAAAGUAUGAAACAUUA